AUGACGUUAAAACUAACUAGACGUUUUAUUUGUCAAUUAUUUGUACGACGUUUUGCAUCAAAUAAUUCUUCGAUAACACCGAUUGAUCCGAAUAAAGAUUUAACAAUAAAAAAACCAUCAGAAAUAUCGACAAAAAAACGUGCUUUUACAUUAAUUAAUCCACAAACAGUACAUCAAAUAAAACGAAUUGAUGAUGUACCAAUUCAAAAUGAAAUGGAUUUCAUUCGACAUCGACUAACAGAAAAACGAGUUAAGAAUAUUCCAAUCGAAACUGAUAUUCUUAUUAUUGGUGGUGCUAUUAAAGGUUCUGCAAUAGCUUUUUUUCUUAAACAACGUGCACCUGAUCUCAAAGUAACUAUUCUUGAACGUGAUUGGAAUUAUACAACUUCAAGUACCGUCCUUUCUGCUGGUGGUUUACGUCAACAAUUUGCACUUGAAGAAAAUAUACAAAUGUCUAUAUAUGGUGCUGAAUUUUUGAAACAUAUUCGUGAUCAUUUAUCUAUACUUGAUAAUGAUCCAGUACCUGUUUCAUUUCAUCAUAAUGGUUAUUUAUUAUGUGGAAGUGAAAAAAGUGUUAAACUUUUUGAAGAAAAUUAUCAAACACAAACAUCUUUAGGAGCAAAAUUAAAAUUAUUGACACCAAAUAUGUUAAAAAAACAAUUUCCUUGGUUAAAUACAGAUGGUAUUGAAAUUGGUUGUUUUGGUAUUCAAAAUGAAGGUUGGUUAGAUCCAUGGGCUCUCUUAACUGCUUUUCGACAAAAAGCAUUAUCACUUGGUGUUUUAUAUCUUAAUGCGGAACUUGUUGGAUUCGAUAAAGUGAAAAGAGUAUGGGCUGAUGGAACUAUAGAAAAUCAAUUGGAUAAAGCUUUAAUUCUAUCUGCUGAAGAUAAUAGAAUAUAUCCAAUGGAUACAACAUUUGUUAUCAAUGCUGCUGGUCCUUGGGCUGGUGAAGUAGCAAAAAUGGCUGGUAUUGGUGUUAGUGAUCAAUAUCCAGUUGCAUUACCUGUUGAACCAAGGUAA